AUGGGUUGGACCCAUAACAAAAUCAACCCUGUCUGGGUCGCUAACAGAGCCACCCCAGUCUCAGAAAUCACCAAGUCUCUGUUUCAUAUCUCUAAAGAUGGUAACUUGGCUCUCCUAGAUCAAUCUAAGUCCCUCAUAUGGUCCACCAACACCGCCAUCUCCUCUAAUUCUUCCACAGUUGCUGUCCUCCUAGACAACGGGAGCCUUGUCUUGAGAGAUGCUGAGAACUCUUCUAACAACUCUGAGAACCCAGCUCCAGGGUUAUUCUCCCUCGUUAUACAAGAGGAUGGUCAGUACGUAAUCCAGUGGAACAUUAGCAAGACCUACUGGUUUUCAGGGCUAUGGGAUGGUCAUGCUACAUUCAGACAAGUGCCCGAGAUGAUCCGAGGUUGUUCAAUAGCUGACUACUGCUAUAUCAAUAACACCAAAGAGAAAUAUUUCAUAUACAUUCUCAAGAACAACAGCAUCUUUCCUUUCAUGCUGCUGAUGGAUGUCUCAGGGCAGAUGAAGGCGAUGAUGUGGAUGGAAGGCAUCCAAAAAUGGACAUAUUUCUUCUCUGUGCCAGAAGCUCAGUGUGACGUUACUAACUUCUGUGGCCCCUUCGGCAGCUGCAAUGAGCAGAGCCAGCAGCACUGCAGUUGCGUCAGGGGAUUCAGCCAAAGAUCCCCAAAAGACUGGGCUUCGAGGGACUACAGUGGCGUCUGUGUCCGGGACACACCAUUACAGUCCUGUAAUGGCACUAGCUGA